UCGAAUAGUGAUUUUGGAAGCAGCAACCAUUCUCGUCAGUCUCACAGUACACAAGGCACCCAGUAUACCGGACCUUCAUCAAGACCCCCGUUUGUGCACUACGAAACAUGUGAGGGAAGGCUCGAGGGUUCCAGGCUCGAACACUAUCGCCAAGUAGAGGAUCCCAGGUCGUCUGCAGAAACAUAUGCUUCGACUGUGCCUUCAGAAGUUGAUGAUGAUGACGAUGAGCAAUCUUUGUCUGACGGACCUCGCCCUUUGCCCCGACCUGAUAUAUAUCAAAGCCGGGCAAUUCCAUCAACUCCAUCAGAUUUUGCCGAACUGUUUCCAUCAGAACGCCUUCUGUCGAUUAGACAUGAUGACUCCACACCUGACGGCAACAUGAACCUCCGGAUUGACACAGUAUAUGAGAACUCGCGGUACAGCCCCAUCGAUGUCACUCUGUUUCACCUCCGCAUGCACGACUUGAAAUCUAGGCAAUUCUCGUUGAGAAGAUAUUGCAGAGAAUCUGGCCGCGAAGUCUGCCACUCUUCGCGUAAAUGUCAAAAGAGUGCCGCUGCACGAAGGAUGGACAUUCAGAGAUCUCUCAGCAACGCAUUUGCAUCUCUUCGUACGAUAGCAGAACACAAGGCUUCUGGUCCAGCCGCAGGACUCAAGAGAUCGGAUUCUGGAUACGAGUCACUUCAGUCGCACAAGAGUAUCGAGCUCAACCAGCAAGUCGUCGCACCAAUCGGUUUCUCCAGCAGGGGACGUGUACCCGUCCCCACCAAGACGAUCAAACUCGAAUUCUCGAACUAUGCUCAGGUGGAGGUGAAACGUCGUGGUGCUAAGAGUAGUAAAAGGUAUGAGUUUGAGUACUGGGGAGUCCAUUAUGUCUGGAAACGUAUCACAGAUCGGAUUGGAUCCUCGAAGGAAGUAUCCUUCUGUUUGUUUCGCAAUAAUGAGGACUGCCCUCUGGCCCGGAUACAGCCUACUUUCUUGAGCGGUGUGCAACAGCGUGAAGAGCUCUCGAAAGGAGGCUGGAUUCCACCUUGCACUAUGGGUAUAACCGAUGCAGAGAUCAUCGAAAACCACAACGAAAUCUCAGAUGUUGUGGUUGCUGCUGGUCUAAUAGCGUUGGUCGACGAUUGCAUCAAGCGCCGGUUCCAUACCAGACCAGUUCGUGCUGGGAUUGCCACUGCUGUCCCAAAAUUUCGAUUAGACAUGGAGUACAUGGGU